AUGAAUUCUAUAGGUCAAACUACACAACUACCUAACUAUUCAUGUAGUGAAAAUAAUGUUUCUAUUCAGUUUACAUUAUCUUCAUCAUCUCAUUCAGCAUGGAAUCCAACAUCAAAUUGUUCUUUACAACAAUGUAAUAUAAGCAUGAAUGGUAACAAUAAUUGUCUUUCAUCAACAACACCUUGUUUUGAUUACCGAACAACAAAUAAUAUUAGUUAUUGUGCACCUGGUAUUUUAUGUUCGAUAUUAGAAACAUGUAAUAAUAUUACACAAACAUGUUCAUCAAAUAAUUCAAUAUGCGCUAUUAAUUCAUGUUGUUCAUCACAAGCAGUAUGUUUACCAGUCUUAGCAACACAAAUGUGUAACACAGGAUGGUUUUCUACUGGCAAUAUGAGUGAUGCACGAUCUUUUCACACGGCAUCUGUAUUAUCAAAUGGAAAAAUAUUAGUUGCUGGUGGAGUGAAUGGUAGCAGUAGUGCUUUAAAUAGUGCUGAAUUGUAUGAUCCAUCAACAGGGACUUGGGCAACUGUUGGUAGUAUGACUGAUACACGAUAUGAACACACAGCAUCUGUAUUAUUAGAUGGAAAAGUAUUAGUUACUGGUGGAUGGAAUGGAAAUUAUUUAAACAGUGCUGAACUGUAUGAUCCAUCAACAGGCAUUUGGGUAACUACUGGUAACAUGAAUAAUGCACGGAAUUAUCAUACAGCAUCUGUAUUAUCAAAUGGAAAAGUAUUAAUUACUGGUGGAUAUGGUAUUGAUUAUUUAAAUAGUGCUGAACUCUAUGAUCCAUCAACAGGUAUUUGGACAACUACUGGUAACAUGACUAGUGCACGAUAUCAACACACAGCAUCUGUAUUAUCAGGUGGAAAAGUAUUAGUCACUGGUGGAUACAAUGGUAAUGUUUCAAAUAGUGCUGAACUGUAUGAUCUAUCAACAGGUAUUUGGACAACUACUGGUAACAUGACUAAUGCACGAAAGUAUCACACAGCAUCUGUAUUAUCUAAUGGGAAAGUAUUAGCUACUGGUGGACAUGAUUCUGUUAAUUAUUUAAACAGUGCUGAGCUCUAUGAUCCGUCAACAAGUAACUGGGCAACUAUGAGUAAUAUGAUUAGUACACGAGGAUAUCACACAGCAUCUAUAUUAUCAAAUGGAAAAGUAUUAGUUACUGGUGGAAAUGAUCGUUUUAAUUAUUUUAAUAGUGCUGAGGUGUAUGAUCCAUCAACAGGUAUUUGGACAACUACUGACAACAUGAAUAAUGCACGAGCUCAUCACACAGCAUCUGUUUUGUCAAAUGGAAGAGUAUUAGUUACUGGUGGAUAUAGUACUGAUUACUUAAAUAGUGCAGAAGUAUAUCAAUUAUUUGGAAUAAAUUGA